UUACGGCAGCGCGCCCUAAUCAUCUGUGCUUCAGUGCUUGAUCAAUGCAUGCAGUUUCCAGUUGUGCAAGCUAGCAGUGCCUUAUUGGCAGGCAGAUUAUUCGUUCAAGUAUAGACAAGUUGGUAAAGAAUGCCCACCGGAGCGCAAUCGGAGGUGAUAAACGCAACGUGAGGAGGUACGUACAUGUGCUGAUGCGCCGCGAUGCAGGUUGAUCAUUUUUGCUCUUGUACCACUUGCUUGCCCGUGCUCUCUAGGAUUCCCUUCUGCGUUCGUCGGUUCAUGUCACUCGACAACGUUUGGGUCCCUCCAAAUGCAGUUUUUCACCAUUGUAAUUCGUACGGGACAGUGGGCGCAUCGUUCCAAAGGUGUGGGGACCCAAUUGCUGCCAGGUGUAAGACUAGUGCAGCAGGUGAAAUAGCCCAAUCUGCCAUGAAUAUUUCCUUUGAAUAAUCGACGAGUCGCUCGAUCUAUCCGUGACAAAUGGGCCGAAAAAAAAAAUGCUCUGAGAUCAGAUCAGCGCCACGGUGACAGCUAGGCCCCACGAUACAGCAACUUCUUGCGUUCUAUAUGAUCCACUCCCCUAUCCUCCGCAGCUCACACUCACCCAGCCGCCCCAACAACUUGAUCGGAUUCGGAUCCAUGGCUAAGCUCGCCGUCCUCCUCCUCCUCGCCGUGGCAGCCUCCGCCACCGAGCUGGCGCAUGGCCGCGACCUCCCGACUAGGAUCAAGCUGAUCAGAGGAGCGGACGGUGGUGCCGUGGUAGGCGAUAGCAUGGAGUGCGUGUACACGGUGUACAUCCGGACGGGGUCGAUCUGGAAGGCCGGGACGGACUCGAACAUCACGCUGGAGCUGGCCGGCCCGGACGGCAACGGCGUGGGGAUCUCGGGCCUGCCGUCGUGGGGCGGGCUUAUGGGGCAGGGCCACUCCUACUUCGAGCGCGGCAACCUCGACAUCUUCAGCGGCCGCGGCCCGUGCAUGGCGAAGCCGCCGUGCUGGAUGCGGGUCGCGUCCGACGGCACGGGCCCGCACCACGGGUGGUACUGCAACUACGUCGAGGUCACCGUCACCGGGGCGCACAGGGGGUGCGCGCAGCAGCUGUUCACCGUCGAGCAGUGGCUCGCCACCGACGCUGCGCCGUACAAGCUCGAGGCCGUCCGCGACAACUGCGCCGCCCCGAGCGCGGGCGCCGCCGCGGCGUGACGCGCCCGGCCCAAGACAAGAGAGGAGUCUCUCUGCGCACCUGGACGCGGGGGCGCGGUCGGUGACGAGUCGAAUAAGCGGUGGCCCGUGCCGCUCUCGUGAUUCUCGUGUGCCACGAUGUACGAUUUGCUGCUAGGGUCCUGCUGCUACUGCUAGUCGAAUAAAAUCGGGAGGCGUCUCGUGUGACGAGUUGUGGUGGUUUUGUACUAGAUGGUUAUGUUGGAUUUUAAUCCUUGUUUCUUUUCA